UUAACCUCGUCCAGUGUGUGGAGUGGCGUUGGUCCAGCCGUCCUCCUUUCAACCGUCUUCAAGCCAUCAGUCUUUCUUUUAGUCAAGAUGAGUGAUAAGUCAGACUUGUCUGAAGUGAAGAAGUUUGACAGGUCAAAACUGAAGAAAACCAAUACUGAAGAAAAAAAUACUCUCCCUUCACAGGAGACUAUCCAACAAGAGAAAGAGUGUGUUCAAACGUCAUAAAAUGGGGAUCUCCUGCCUACACCAAAUUUCAACAUUGCUUAAAUAUCUCAGUUUGGGGCUUGUUUUAUAUAAGCCUACAUGUUUGUAGAGAUUUUAGGCAUCUUCUGAUUUCUUCCCACCUGUAUCCCAGCCAAUAUUCCUUUUUAAAAAUUUUCCAUUGAUACAUACAUGCCAUCUGGAAGGUGCUGUCAAUA